AUGGCUAUCGAUACCUCGUCUGUCGCUGGAAUAAUAUCUGGUAGAAACCCAAUUGCUUAUGAGUCCUCCAACCCAAUCACCAUAUUUCUUUUCCAGUCCAUUUUGAUUAUCAGUUUAUGCUACUUAAUCCAUAUCCCAUUGAAAUUUUUGAAACAGCCCAAGGUUAUCGCUGAAGUCUUGACUGGUAUCAUACUAGGUCCAACUGUUCUAGGCAACAUCCCUAAUUUCUCGUCGAAUGUCUUUCCCAGUGAUUCCAUACCUGGCUUAACUCUAGUCGCCAACUUUGGCUUGAUCCUCUUUUUGUUCCUUAUAGGUCUAGAAAUCGACUUGAAUUUCAUCAAAAACAAUCUCAAAAUCGCUUUGACUGUUGGAAUAAUCAACAUGGCCAUCCCCUUUGGCUUUGGCUGCAUCAUCUCAAUUGGCUUAUACAACGAAUACCAUACGUCUCAAAAUGACAACGAGACUGACUUCUCAACAUACCUCGUCUUUAUUGCUGUUGCGAUGUGCAUCACUGCUUUUCCAGUCUUAGCGAGGAUUCUAUCCGAACUAAAUCUAAUCACUGACAAAAUUGGUGUCAUCGUCCUAGCUGCUGGCAUUACAAACGACAUCUUUGGUUGGGUUUUACUAGCUCUCAGCAUCACCCUCGCCAAUGCUGACAACGCAAUCACUACUGUAUAUAUCCUACUCGUCGCCUUUGGCUGGAUGCUAUUCAUUUUGUUCCCUGUAAAAUACCUAAUCCGCUGGGCUUUCAUCAAAAAAACAAAUGAAAUCAACAAUGGCCCUUCAACCUACGCCAUCUCAAUUAUGAUUGUACUAGUCUACAUCUCCUCCUUUUUCACUGAUAUCAUCGGCGUACAUCCAAUAUUCGGCGCCUUUUUAGUUGGCUUGAUAAUCCCAAGAGACAACAACUAUGUCGAAAAACUAAUUGUUAAAAUCGACGACUUGACUCAAACUGCUAUCAUCCCUCUUUACUUCACUCUAGCCGGUUUAAAGACUGACCUAACCUCUUUAAACUCUGCCAAAGACUGGGGCUAUAUCGUGGCCAUCAUUGCAAUCGCCAUGAUAACAAAAAUCCUAGGUGGCUUUCUCGGUUCCAUUUUGUUCAGACUAUCCAAAAGAGAAUCGCUCACUGUUGGCGUCCUUAUGUCUUGCAAGGGUAUCGUAGAAAUUGUUGUUUUAACAACUGGUUUAAACGCUGGCAUUAUCUCAGAAAAGGUCUUUUCAAUGUUCAUUGUAAUGGCGCUAAUCUGCACCUUUCUAACCACUCCUCUAACUCUAUGGGUCUAUCCAACUAGCCAUAGAGAAAAAAUCCAACCACAUAUAACCUAA